CAUUGAAAUAGGUAAACGGUUUAGUAACCGAGAUGAGUAACAGCGACAAGAACGUUGUGUCGUUAGUAAAAGUUAUUUUUGAAUGUUAAAACUCGUAAAAAUAGACGUUAAAACCUAAAGGAGACUAGCUGAAGCUGAUAAAGAUUUAGAUGGAUAUGUUGGACGUAGUUGUAUAUGUGUAACACUGAACAACUAUGGUGAAAUAAGAUGCCAAGUAAAAUGUCAAAGAAGGUUGCUGGGCUUAUUAUUAGGAGCAGGAAAAACAUUAUGAAAGAUGGCUUCAUUACAUCGGGAAUGGGUGAGCCGAGUGUUUAUCAUGCUGCUGCUGUGAUUUUUUUAGAAUUUUUUGCCUGGGGAUUAUUGACAACUCCAAUGAUUACAGUUUUAAAUGAUACAUUUCCUGAUCAUACUUUCUUAAUGAAUGGAUUAAUAAUGGGAAUAAAGGGAUUUCUAUCUUUUUUAAGUGCACCAUUGGUAGGUGCUCUGUCAGACAUCUGGGGGAGGAAAGUGUUCUUGUUGUUGACAGUCUUUUUCACAUGCUCUCCUAUUCCCUUAAUGAGGAUUUACACAUGGUGGUACUUUGCUAUGAUAUCAAUAUCAGGCAUAUUUGCUGUAACAUUUUCUGUCGUGUUUGCCUAUGUGGCAGAUGUCACAGAAGAGCAAGAAAGAAGUUCUGCAUAUGGUUUGGUUUCUGCCACAUUUGCAGCCAGCCUAGUCACCAGCCCUGCCCUAGGAGCCUACCUCUCACAGACUUAUAGUGAUAAUCUAGUGGUAGCGCUGGCAUCAGCCAUAGCUCUGUUGGAUUUUUUUUUCAUUCUGGUAGCUGUACCAGAAUCCCUACCUGAAAAAUUGCGACCUACGUCCCGGGAGGAAAGCAUAACAUGGAAGCAUGCUGAUCCUUUCUCUGCACUUCGGAAGGUUGGGAAAGAUCAGAUGAUCUUGAUGCUGUGUAUGGCAGUAUUUCUUUCUUACCUACCAGAAGCUGGCCAGUACUCAUGUUUCUUUGUUUACUUAAGAUUGGUAAUGGGAUUUUCAGCUGAAGAAGUUGCUUUAUUUAUUGCAGUAGUUGGUCUCCUCUCUGUAGUGGCACAGACUAUGGUCUUGACUCUUCUGAUGAAGACACUAGGAAACAAGAACACCAUCAUGGUUGGGCUCUUCUUCGAGAUGCUUCAGUUGAUGUGCUACGGCUUCUGUUCUCAGAGAUGGAUUUUGUGGGCAGCUGGUGGAUUUGUUUCAAUGUGCAGUAUUACUUACCCAGCUAUCAGUGCUUUUGUCUCAACACGUGCAGAAAUUGACAAACAAGGAGUGGUCCAAGGCAUGAUUACAGGAAUGAGAGGGCUAUGUAAUGGAUUAGGUCCUGCUGUCUACGGGUUGAUCUUUUAUCUCUUUCAUGUGGACUUGAGUGAAGAAACUGCUAGAAGAGAUCUACCUGAUGGAACUCAGAAUAAUGAAUAUUCCAAUUUCACAAGAAUGCUCAAUCCAGAAGAUACUCAGCUGGUCCCUGGACCACCUUUUGUGUUUGGAGCCUUUCUUGUGAUGGUUGCUUUGUUGGUUGCUGCUUUUAUUCCCGAGUCUCAUCCAGUUGGUCACAUACACCAGCAGUCUUCAAUUUCUGCUGACAGUGAUCCAGAUAUUGUUCACAAGUGUACAGAUGGAGCGCAGCCUCUUCUACAAGACUCAGUUUCUUUAUAGCAUAUUUCAUAAACAAUGUUUAAUUAGUUUGUGCUGUACAUAGUGAUGUAGGGUAUUAAGAUGAAAUGAUGAGCAGCUAUAAUUAUGAAAACCAAAAUAAAUCAUUUCACUUUUUGUUGAAUCAUCAGAUGGCUGCCACAGUAUAUAGAAGUAUAAGUAGUUGAAGUGAAUUGUUAAUAGAAAGACUAAGUCUAUAUGCAUUAUUUAAACCAGAUGUGAAUGACUGGUGUUGCAUGUCUCAAUGUAUCACUGGAAAACCUUUUUUCUUAACUAUUUUAACAUUAUGUGUAAGAACACAUGCUCACUUGAAAAUUUUAGUAAUAUCUUCAUUUAAGUGUUAUUGUGAAACCUAAAUAAACACAAGAAUUAACAUUACAGUA